AUGGCUCCCCGUAGAAAACGUCAGCGCCUCUCUCUUGACGGUGCAGAGACUGUUACCGUCGCUGCGCCUACUGCUGAGCCCGAAAACAUUGCCUCUUCCACUCCCACCACCACAGCUACAGCCAAGCCCAAGGAAGCUGCCCGUAGGCAACUCUUCGUUCGAGGGCUUGCGCCCACCGUCACGACCGAGGAUCUCACCAACCACUUCUCCGAAUCCUACCCGAUCAAGAAUGCGCUGGUAGUCUUGGACAAGGAAACCAGGGAAUCGAAAGGUUACGGCUUCGUCACUUUCGCCGACGUCGAGGACGCGCAGCGAGCAAAAGAGGAGUUGAACAAUUCCGAGCUAAAGGGAAAGAAAAUCAAGGUCGACGUUGCCGAAGCACGACAGCGUGAGGGCGAAGAGAAGCGGCCGAAAGCAGGCGACCGCGCCAAAGCUGAGCGUGCACAACAGAUCAAGGAUGCACAAACACCUAAGCUCAUCAUUCGAAAUUUACCGUGGACUGUUAAGACACCGGAGGACUUGCAGAAGUUGUUUCGCAGUUUUGGCAAGGUCAACUUCGUCAAUUUACCCAAGAAACCAAACGGCGAACUGAGAGGAUUUGGGUUCGUAUCUUUGCGUGGGCGCAAGAAUGCAGAGAAUGCGAUACGAGAGCUUAAUGGCAAAGAGAUUGACGAUCGCCCAAUCGCUGUCGAUUGGGCCGUCGACCGAGACACCUGGCAAACCCUCCAGAAAUCAGAGCAAGAAGGCGAGGAGACACAAUCAGGGACUGAAAAGGAGGAUAAGGAGAUGGAAGACGCCGAGAGCUCGAAUACGAGCGACGGCGAUGACAAUGACGAUUCCGAAGCCGAAGCUGACGAUAGCGAGGACGAAGAUAUGGAUGACAGCAAUACCGAUUACGAAGACAUAUCCGAGGAUGACGAGGAUGGUGGUUUUGAUUUAGACGAGGAAAAUGACAAACCGAAGCGAGAGGAGUAUACCAUCUUCAUCCGCAAUCUACCAUUCACCGUGGACGAUGAGCGUCUGAAGGAGCACUUUCAACAAUUUGGCGGCGUACGAUUUGCGCGAGUGGUUAUUGAUCGUGAGACGGAGCGGCCAAAGGGAACUGGGUUUGUUUCCUUCUUCACAGAAGAAGAUAUGAUCAAUUGUCUGAAGGGCGUUCCGCGAGUCAAACUUCAAAAGAAAAACCUCGAUAAGAAAGACGGGUCUACAAUUACCGUCACGCACUCCGUUCUUGAAGAUGCGGAGGCCGAUCCAACGGGCAGGUAUACAAUUGAUGGCCGUAUCCUACAACUGAGUCGCGCUGUCGACAAAAAUGAGGCGACCCGCUUGACUACUGAAGGCGCGGCGCAACGCUUCAACCGCGACAAAGACAAGCGUCGCCUGUACCUUCUGUCUGAAGGUACUAUUUCAUCCAAAUCGCCUCUAUACCAACAUCUAUCGCCGUCCGAAAUCAAGAUGCGCGAAGAGAGCGCGACAUUGCGUCGCAAACAGAUCCAAGAGAACCCCUCGCUCCACUUAUCUCUGACACGAUUAUCUGUUCGCAACAUUCCCCGCAGCAUCACCUCAAAAGAUCUCAAACAACUCGCCCGUAGCGCUGUUGUCGGCUUCGCUGCCGAUGUCAAAGCUGGUAAGCGUAAUAAGCUGAACAGGGAAGAAACCAUUCGCGGUGGACAAGAGAUGCUUGUCGCCGAAAAGAUGCGCAAAAAGAAGGGCAAGGGUAUCGUCAAGCAGGCGAAGGUCGUCUUCGAGACGCCGGCUGGUAGCAAAGUCGCCGAGGACACUGGCGCUGGCAGAAGUAGAGGAUACGGAUUCAUUGAGUACUACACUCACCGCAAUGCCCUGAUGGCGCUACGCUGGCUUAACGGUCAUGCUGUGGACUAUAAAGUCAAAGGCGAGACCCCCAAAUCCAAAGCCAAAGCUAAGGAAAUGCUCGAAGACAAGCGCAAACGCCUCAUUGUCGAGUUCGCCAUUGAGAAUGCGAACGUCGUUUCUCGUCGAACCGACCGCGAGGAGAAGUCCCGCGACCCCGCUAAGCCGCGAGCCGAAGGUGAAUCAGAUGAUACUGGUGCGAAGAAGGGCAAGAAGCGGAAACGCGACUCCAGCGCUGCAUCUACUCCUGCUUCGGGCACCGGAAACAAAGGCAAGAUCGGCGGGAAUAAGGGGAAUUCGAAUGCAGAUGCCGAGGAGGAUGCCAAUGUAAAGGGUAAACUUGCGCAACGGACUCGAAUUAUUGCAAAGAAAAGACAUGCGCGGAAAGCGAAGAGGGCUGGAGGCAAGUAG